AUGCCCUGCAACAAUGAAGUUGCCCAGUGGAGAAUCAAAUAUGAGACGGACGCCAUUCAGCGCACAGAGGAACUGGAAGAGGCCAAGAAAAAACUUGCUCAGCGCCUGCAAGAAGCUGAGGAGCAGGCUGAAGCUGUGAAUUCUAAAUGUGCUUCACUGGAAAAGACUAAGCAGAGGCUCCAAGACGAAGUGGAGAACCUGAUGAUUGAUGUUGAGAGAGAAAAUUCACUGGCAGGUGCUCUUGACAAGAAACAGAGGAACUUUGACAAGGACACCAGCACUCACCUGGAGAGGAUGAAGAAGAACCUGGACCAGAUGGUGAAGGAACUGCAGCUCUGUCUGGAUGAGGCAGAGCAGCUGUCACUGAAGGAUGGCAAGAAGCAGCUUCAGAAGUUGGAGUCCAGGAUCCAAGAGCUCGAGUCCGAGCUGGAAGGAGAGCCAAAACGAGCUGCAGAUGCCAUCAAAGGCAUUUGGAAAUAUGAAUGGCGCAUCAAGGAGCUGACUUUCCAGGCAGGUGCAAAAGAGAAAAUCCACCUGAAAUGUUUUUUUCUCAUCAAAAACGUAAAGGUAACCUUCAUGGUCUCUUUUUAAUAGGGUGAAGAGGACAAAAAGAAUGUGCUGAGGUUACAGGACUUGGUGGAUAAACUUCAGUUGAAAGUCAAAUCCUACAAGAGACAAGUUGAGGAGGCUGUGAGUCAUUUAACAGGAACAAACAUUCAUUUACAAUUUGCUGAGAUGCCCACUUCAGCUCUGAUACUCGAUUCCAGGAUGUCACUUCUCCUUGGGCUUAGUUCCUUUUGUGUUUUGGUUACAGGAUGCACAAGUCAAUGUUCACCUCUCCAAAUUCAGGAAAGUACAACAUGAGCUGAAGG